AUAAAAUAUUAAAUUUAUUUCCGGCCUAAGUUUCUUCCACUUGUGUUUCUGUGCUUUUAAUUUUUCAUUUCAUUUUUUACUCCUAAUACCGCAUUUCGCGUCUACUUAUAUUUACACACGCAUUGCUAUUUUUUCCUCCCUCAACUUGAUCGAGAAAGCCUCAAGCUUUCGCCUUGUACUGCAUUUUUAAUCCUUGAAAAGUAAUCUUUUGACCAUAGCCGCCGACAUAUAACAUGCAUUAGCUAUAGAAGGAAAAAUUCUCCCGAUAAAACUGCGUGUCUGACUCGUGGAUAAAUACGCAUUGGAAAAACUGCUUAAUACAUGCACGUGCAAUAAAUAAUAGGAUUUUCAGAACACGUGUUUUUAUCCUAUUUGUAUCAUGCAUGCGUACUUCACAUUAUGCGUAUUCCAAACAACGGUUUAAAACUGCACAUUUAGUACUGGAUAUUUUAGUAUUUCGCCUGUUCACCCCGUUUAACCUUAGAACAGCUGGUUUCUACAGGGUGUAUGAGAAAAAACGCAAACAUGAUACUGAUAGUUCCCAGGGGCCUACGAUCUUCUAUUAUUUGAAAAAAGCAAAUACCUCUGAAUAUUUAGUGUUGCAUUUUUUUUGUAUAUCCUUGUUUAUCCUUGUACAGGGAAAAUAUUUCCUGUUUUAUGCAGGACUAGCUCCUUUUUUUAGCAUAUCUUCCAUGCUUGUAUUGGUUUUAGUUUCUCUUACUUUAAGGAUAAUCCAUUGAGAUUAUUAAUGAAUUAUGGUAAGAAAAUGGCAAAUGUUUAUAAAUCACCUUUAGAAUCACACGUGGCACCCAUUGGGGAAAUGAUCUUGCAAAAUCCGAGAGAAUCUAAAUUGUAAUUGUCAUCAGUUUACUACCCCUUUGAACUAAUUUAUUUCCUACGUUAUAACUCAUCAUAAUCUAGUGUGGGCUAUCUCUAUCGAGAUGCAGAUAUCGACGUUUUAUAUUUUCUACAGAAACCAAAGGGAAUUUGUGUUUUUAUGUUUAUACCUUGAAGGAAACGUCAUCAAACUGGCCAAUUUUCAAAUCCAAUUACCCAAAAGAGAAUGACAAAAAUCCAAUUGUUACAGGAAUUUCUCCCGUUCCUUAUGUAAUCGCCCUGACUUAUAAAUUAUAAUAUGACAUUAGACAAAGGCAGUUGCUUAGCAUGCAACACGUGUUGGGAAAAUAAAUCUCAGCCAAUCAGCCAUAAUCCCAGCAAAAAUCAAGCGUAUCUUUGAAAUAAAUCUUCCGUAUACACUCCGACAAUAUAAUGAAUAUAUUACGUGGUCAAGGACCAAUUUCUUUCAUUCUAAGAUUUAUCGCUUGUGAAGAUACAUUAGAAGAUCCAGAAUGUUUCAUUAUAUAAUUCUAAUCAUUCUCACUCUCGUAAUAUAUUUCAAGUUUUUAAAAAAAUCUCCACGACACAUUUUGGUUGAUAGCAAUAAAUGUGUGUUCAUUACUGGCUGUGAUUCUGGUUUUGGUCUAAACGCUGCGAAACAACUCGAUUCCAUCGGGUUUACAGUCAUUGCGACGUGUUUAACUGACAAGGGAGAGCAGAUACUCCGCGAAAGUUGUAGCAAGAAUUUACAUGUUAUAAAGAUGGAUGUCACUGACACGAAGCAAGUUCAAGCUGCUUUUGACUAUGUUAAAAACACAAUGAAAUCAGAGAAAGGUCUAUGGGCGGUGAUCAACAAUGCUGGUGUUUCUAGAAUUGGACCUCUGGAUUGGCAGACACUGGAUGACAUGAAGAACAUGGCUGACAUAAAUUUGUGGGGAUUAAUUGAUGUCACUAAAACAUUUCUGCCACUUUUAAAAAUCUCUGCUGGACGUCUAGUGAACAUUGGAAGCAUUGGAGGUCGUCUAAGCCUUCCUUACAUGGGUGCAUAUUGUGCAAGUAAAUUUGCAGUUGAAGCAUUUACAGAUGCAUUGCGUGUUGAGUUGUGCCACUGGGGGAUGAAGAUUAUUCUCAUCGAACCUGGGUUCUUUAAAACUAACAUGACGGAAAAGGAUACAUUAGGUUCUCAAUAUGAUCAAAUGUGGUCAAAAUUGUCUCAAAUUAAGAAACUGGAAUAUGGAGAGGAGUUCCUUCAGAAAACCAAAGACAAUAUGUUAUCUGGGGUCGUCGACACCUGUGUAUCUCCCAAUGUCUUUGUGGUCACUGAGGCAGUUGUAGAUGCUGUUACAUCAUUGAAUCCUAGGAUUCGCUACGUGCUUGGUUGGGAUGCGCGUUUCAUUUGGUUGUGGCUUUCAAGAUUGCCGUCUGGUAUUUCAGAUUUCUUAAAGCGCCAUGUAUCAAAAAUUGAAAUUCCUGCCAAGCUAAGAGGAUCGAAUUAGGACAUAAAAUAUAUAAGCAGAUUAUUUCCAAUGCAGGGACCGAGUGAUAACAAGUUAAAUAUUUUCUCUCGUAGUUGGCCAUGGUGAUGCCUAUUAAAUCACGGUUGCUUUGUAAUCUUACAUAUUAUAAACAUUUUACUGAUUUUAGAUUAUUAAAAAUGUAGGAUUUCAUGGGGUUAGCUGAAACUGUCACUGAAACUGUCACUGAGGCAUGAAGUAUAGUUUAAUUCAAGCUUUCCUGGUAGGAUUUUUGAAUCAUAUUAUAUACAAACACACAUUGCUCCAGUCACAUGCAUGUGCCCCACCUUUUUUCUUUCAUCCUCUCGCUAACCAUGAAAGCAAUUAAAUCAUUCAAAUUUCCGUCCCUUUGUAUGGUAAUGUGAAGGUUGGUUUCGUCGUAAUUCUGUAGAAGUCGGGCUUUCCGAAUGCGCCGUACGUAGGAAUCCACAACAAGUUACAUGUGAUUCACGACUAAUUACAAAGUAUGCAAACCAGGUUUUUAAAGUUCGUAAGAAAAAACUGAAUAUUGAAGUUUCGUUUACUAUAAUUCCUUAUAGUUUUAUAUUACUUAUAUAUAUGAGUAAAUACUCUUCAAACGAAGUAUUAAAAAUUGCACGUAUAUAUAUUAUACAUGCAUGCAGCACUAUGUAUCUCUAAAAUAUUCCAUGACCACACUUAUUACUAAUAACUAAGUAUAUACUAUUAGUAAAAACAGUUAUCCGAAAUUACACACGUCAAAACUUAAGCUAUACUUGUAGUAAGUUCCGAUACAUAACACAUAAAUUUGAAAAACCUAAAAGUAUACUGCAUGAAGUCGAGGAAAAUCUUGUUAUGCGGAACAA